CCAGCACCGUCCUCGCCCCUUUUCGCUUGCUUCUGUACUUUCCUCCCAACCCCCUCCAAUUCCACCACAAUGAGACCCCUGACUGACGACGAGACAAAGGUGCUGUUCGAGAAGCUGACCAAGUACAUUGGCCGCAACAUCGUGCACCUGAUCGACCGGCCGGACGAGCCGUACUGCUUCCGGUUACAAAAGGACCGCGUAUACUAUGUCUCCGAGAGCAUCAUGCGCAAGGCGACCUCCGUGGGCCGCCACAACCUGAUCUCGCUCGGCACCUGCUUUGGCAAAUUCACAAAGACCGGCAAGUUCCGCAUGCACAUCACCGCCCUGCCGCUGCUCGCACAGUACGCAAAGUACAAAGUCUGGGUGAAGCCCAACGGCGAGAUGCCGUUCCUGUACGGAAACCACAUCGUCAAGGCGCAUAUUGGAAGGGUCACUGAGGAUACUCCCGAGCACCAAGGCGUGGUGAUCUUUAAUAUGGCGGAUGUGCCCCUGGGCUUUGGUGUCAGUGCGCGGUCUACUGUCGAUAUGCGCAAGGUCGACCCGACCGGCAUUGUUGUGUUCCACCAGUCCGAUAACGGCGAAUAUCUGCGUGAGGAGGACGCGCUGUUCUGAUAGAUUAUGUGAGAAGAAAUACAUGCUGAGCGGAAUUUUAUGCUACAAGCGCCACCUCUUGAUGUGGUGGGAUAUGCGCAAGGCAGUGGCUGCGCCAUGAUGCGCGUG